AAAUAGCUCCUCAAUAUGGCAGUGGCAGCUUUGUGAGGCAGCAGAAAGACACAAAAACCCUUCUUUUAGCCCCACUUGCUCUCUUUAAAGAAGCCAACUGCCCUGUUUUAGGUCUCCCUCUGGUUUGUGAGUCCAUGGAUGGGCUGUAGGGAGAGCUGCAACAGUGAAGAUGGACUCAAGCUCUCUCAAAGCUUCUGGGGCCUUAAGUGGCGCCAGUGAUGCUCUCCAUGGGCUCAAGUUUGGGCAAAAGAUCUACUUUGAUGAUGGUGGUGGUGGGAGCGGAAGCUCCUCCAAGGCACCGACAGCUCCGGCGAAGGAGGCGGCGGCGCCACCGCCUCCGACAAAGAAGGGGAAGGGCGUGGCACAAGGUGGGGGGCAGCAGCCGCCUAGGUGCCAAGUGGAGGGGUGCAAUGUCGAUCUGACGGGGGUUAAGGCUUACUACUGUAGGCAUAAGGUUUGUGGGAUGCACUCGAAGGCGCCUAAGGUCGUAGUUGCAGGCUUGGAGCAGAGGUUCUGUCAGCAGUGUAGCAGGUUUCACCAAUUGUCUGAAUUUGACCAAGGAAAGCGCAGCUGUCGUAGACGUUUGGCAGGGCAUAACGAGCGUCGAAGGAAGCCACCUCCCGGUCCAUUUGCAUCACGCUAUGGGCGCCUUGCAUCAUCCGUUCAUGAAGAUCCGAGUCGAUUCAGGAGCUUUUUGAUGGACUUCAGCUAUCCGUAUCUCUCAAGUACUGCAAGAAACCUUUGGCCAACUGCAAGGGCUGGCGAUCGGGUGGCUUCCAAUGAAUGGCAUGUGGCGUUCGAUACUUCACCUGGUGCUGCUGCAAUGCAUGGCACUCAUGCCUGCUAUCAAGGACCACCGGCAGCAACCUUCUGCUCUCCCAUGGAAUUUCCACCCGGUGAAUGUCUUGGAGGAGUCUCCGACUCAAGCUGUGCUCUCUCUCUUCUGUCAACUCAUCCGUGGAGCAGCAACUCUGCCAGAAACCGUGCUCCGGCGAUCGCACCAAGCAGCAGCACCUUUGAUGGCCCUCCGAUGGCCCAGUCAGCCGUCCCCGACAAUUACGGCACCAGCUCAUGGGGGCUCAGAGGCCAUGGAAGCAGGACUAGCUCGCACGAGAUCCAGCACGCAGCGGGAUUAGCGGGAGCAACGGAGGCCAGCGAUGCUCAUUUCUCAGGUCAGGUGGAGUUGGCUUUGCAGGAGAAUGGACAGUGCCUUGACCAUGGUUCAGCUAGGUCAUAUGGCCAUUCCAGUCUUGGCAUGCAUUGGUCUCUGUAGACCCCGAAGAAACCUUGGCCAUGUGGAUUGGAUUGGAUGGAUGUUUUUUGUGAUGAACAGCAUCAUGAACUCCAAAAACUCUCCGAAUGGUAGUUCGACUGCUUAAUAUCUUAUAGCCUUUAUCCAUCUGUAUGAAACCUAUGUUACUCUGAGGCAUUAGUAUGUUGUGAUGCCCUUUUGCUAAUCUAUUUCCGUAGCC